GAGGACCUCGAGUGCUUCGCGCAGGCUGUUCGGCGACUCUGCCUCCGACGCCAUCAGAGAGGUGCAGCUGGAAACAGACGACAACGUGCAGUACAGGCUGCAGAUCUUCGUCGGUCAGCCGUGCAACUCCUCGGGUGGCAGUGCGAGGGGCCAGAUGCUGGAGGUGCUGCCCGACACGGGCAGCUCGGACCUCUGGUUCUCCUCGGCCAACUGCAGCAAUUGCCACAAGGAGGCGACCAAGUUCGAGGUCGCCCAGUCGUGCUCCGCCGAGCAGCCCGGGAAGCGGUACUCGUUCGGGUACCGCGACGGCACCUUUGUGACCGGGGGGACCCUGGUGGACAGCGUUCGGCUGGGCGACCUGCAGGUGACCCACCAGACAAUGAUACUGGUGGACACCAUGGGCGAGACGGACACCCAUCUCAAGGCAGAUGGCAUCCUCGGGCUCGGCCCGGAGAGCGUCGCCUCCGACACGUUUGUGGCCAAGCUCUUCCUACAGUAUCCCGAGCUCCCCAAGCAGUUCUCUUUUUUCCUGAGCAGGUUCCUCGAGCAGCCCUCCCACCUGCUGAUCGGCGAGGCCGACCUGGCCAGCUACUCCAAGGAGAGCGCCUUCCAGUACAGCACUAGCUGGCACGGGUCCCGGAGCCGAACCUGGCUCGCCGGCAUGUGGUCGAUCGGGUGGACCGGCACCGACGUGAUCGCAUACAACGCGUCGGGUGGAAUGGACCCGACCCUCGUCAUGGGCAUGCCCACCCUGGUGGACUCCGGCACCUCCCUCAUCGUGGUGAGCGCAGGCAUCUACGACAGGCUCGUGCCUGAGCUUGCCUGGCGCAUGGGCUCCUGCCGCCACAACGACGAGGAGGACAUCCUGGAGUGUCAGUGCCCGCCCUUGAACGACUUAAGCAAGCUGCCCUGGCUUGCGCUCACCUUCGUCGACGAGUCGGGGGAGCAUUUCGUGCUGAGCAUGGCGCCCGACGAGUACAUCAUAGAGGCCGCUGGCGAGGACUAUCCUGGGCAGAGGC